AGCCCAGAGGUCCACGCGGACCUUCUCUGUCUGCUGACGGGAUGGCGGAUGGGGAUGAAAACGGUCUGGAGGAACUAGAAGGGUCUGAGCUGGUUUGGGACCCGUCUGAGGUGGACAUCCUUCAAGAGCCAAACCCAACGGCGCAGCGCGAGUGCGAGAGUCAACCACCACAAGCCUCUGAAGAACCAAGCAAUGACUCCCGUGGACGCCCAUCACCAAGAAAGGGUGGACGGCUGCAAGCCCGCCACGGGAGCCGUGCAACGAAGAGGACCUACAGCUGCGGCAAGAGUGGGAAGAGCACUGCCGGGAAGGCAGAAGAGGCCAUGCACAAGGGCCUCUAUAGCUGUCCCGACUGCGGGAAGAUCUUCAGUCGGAGGUCCUUCCUCAUCCCCCAUCAGCGCAUCCACACCGGUGAAAAGCCCUUCACCUGCCACGAGUGCGGGAAGGGUUUCCGAGUUGGGUCAGCUCUCAACAAGCAUCAACGGAUCCAUACGGGCGAGAAACCCUACAAGUGCUCGGACUGCGGGAAGCGUUUCCGUCUCACCUCCACCCUCAGCACCCAUCGGAAGAUCCAUACCGGGGAGAAACCCUACGUCUGCCUCGUUUGCGGGAAGACCUUUCGGUUGACCGCAUAUCUGCUGGCCCACGAAGCCACCCAUAGCGUGGACAACCCUUUUCGGUGUCUUGCGUGCGGGAAGAACUUCAGCUUGAGACGGUACCUGGCCAUUCAUCAGCGGAUCCAUACGGGAGAGAAGCCGUUCAAGUGCUCCGUGUGCGGGAAGGGCUUCAACCGGAGAUCGACCCUCGUCGUUCACCAGCGGGUCCAUACCGGGGAGAAACCCUACAAGUGUCCCGAAUGCGGGAAGAGCUUCAUCAUGAGUUCAGACCUCGUCUCCCAUCGGAGAAUCCACACCGGGGAGAAACCCUACAACUGUCUCAGCUGCGAUAAAAGCUUUCGCUUGAGCUCCCACCUUACGAGACACCAGCGAAGCCACACCGGGGAGAGACCGUACAAAUGUAUGGACUGCGGGCAAAGCUACACAGACAGCUCUGGACUCAUCAAACAUAAGAAGAUCCACGUGGAAAAGAAGCAGAGGACGUCUCAGGGAGCCCACCCAGGGGAGGGACGUUAUAAAUGCCCCUACUGUUGUAAGAGCUUCCACGCAAAGUCAGCUCUGGUCCUUCACCGGGCUACCCACGCCGGAGAGCGACCCUAUAGAUGCUCCAAGUGCGAGAAGACCUUCCGCCACAGCGCAACCCUCCUGAAACACCAACGAAUCCAUACGGGGGAGAGACCCUUCAAGUGUCCCGACUGUGAGAAGUGCUACAACGAUGGCUCAACCCUUCGGAGACACCGGAGGAGCCACACCGAGGAGAAACCCUACAAGUGUCCCAGUUGCGGGGAAUGUUUUGGUGCCAUCGCAGCUCUCCUGAAGCAUCAGCGGUUCCACACCGAGGGGAGACCUUACAGAUGCUCCGACUGCGGGAAAAAUUUCCACUCUAAUUUCCUCCUCGUCACCCACCAACGAAUCCACACGGGAGAAAAACCCUAUACCUGCCCCAUCUGCAAAAAAACCUUCCGCCAAGCCUCCCACCGUACGAGGCACCAGGAGAUUCACAGGAGGACCAGGGCUGGCGGUGCUUUGCGUGACGUGUCCGAGCACCACGCGCAGAAAGGAAAGACCCGGCGCAGAGUGGGAGCAGAGGUGGGAUGCGAUGAGCCAUUAACGAGUCCGGAUGGUGCUUCCACAGCUCAACAGUAAAAGAAUUUGAGCUGCCCCGCGUCCAUCAACUGGGCCAAGUUACCCGCCCAAAGAAGAUGUGCCCCAUGUCCUACCCGAUAACCGUGGUUGUGUAAGACUUUGCACACCCGGAUACCAAUUUGAGCCCGGUAUUAGUGAAUUACCGGUGACGCGGGGUUCCUAUGUCCGUCUUUUUGUAGCAUGACCCUUAUUCUUCUCGCCCCGUGGGCACCGAGUGCUUCGGGGCUAAGGCUCUGAUGGCUCUCGCUUUUAAACUUAAUAUUAUUCCCUCAUCUCCAAGUCCGUCUCCUCCCAAACUCUUCACAACCAACCCUCCAACCAUCCUUCUCAACUCACCCUUGACUUCGUCCCCCAUUUUUACUCAAGUAGGUCCCUAUGCGAUUCGGAAAAAAAAUCGUACUCGACAACUACUUUCGGAUCCCGACCGGUCCUUAAAACGGGUCGAGUGAGCAGCGUUAACAAAUAUAUCCAGACUGGACCCACCGUCUCGUUUACCGUUGCCCGGGGAUGGCUAGCCUGGCUCCGUAGCGAUGUCCUACCUCAGCCCAACUUACGCCCGUGCAGGGACACCCCCCACCCCGCCCCGCCGCCCUUUUUGGGGACUGGCAUGGGAGCGCUUGAUGGUCCAAGGUCCUGGGCAAUAAGCUGGACACAGUGACUACCUUGCUGUGAAAUCUUCGUGUUCCCUUACGAUCAUCGUUGCUUCAGUUGGGAAUGGGACUGUGGUUGACCCCAAACGCUGUCCCUUAAUGAGAACAUCCAAUUUACGAUGACCACAUUAUUAUUAAAUGCCUUAGGGGUAACCCAAGGGGAUGUUUCCUCGGCUUUGAGUUGCCUUCAGACCCAACAGUGGGUUCAAGCUGGAACCUCAAGAGAAGGCGACGCCAGAAGUCUGCCUGCUGUGGGUCCAAGCUGGAACCUCAAGAGAAGGCGACGCCAGAAGUCUGCCUGCUGUGGGUCCAAGCUGGAACCUCAAGAGAAGGCGACGCCAGAAGUCUGCCUGCUGUGGGUCCAAGCUGGAACCUCAAGAGAAGGGGACGCCAGAAGUCUGCCUGCUGUGGGUCCAAGCUGGAACCUCAAGGCGACACCAGAAGUCUGCCUGCUGUGGGUCCAAGCUGGAACCUCAAGAGAAGGCGACGCCAGAAGUCUACUCGCUGAAAUUCGUGAAGUUGCCUGGGAUGAUGCCACCGAAUGUCACCUACAAGCCUGGUGGCACUUGGGAAACUUGGCUUACGAUGGAAAUGUGGACGUAGGCUGGCUACGUGAGAUGCUGCUUCUGAACGAACGUACCCCAUCGCAUCUUUGGGUCUACACCAGGGCGGAUCCGUGGUCCAUCUCACGGACAACAGCCCUGGCAAAGAACGAAAGGAUGGCCACCAGUAGAUGCGGAAGAUUGCGUCCCAGAGCCAGGAGGGGGGGUCCGUGGGGGAAAGAAAUUCCUUCUGAACCCCUAAUCUGUGCCUUGAUUCCCUUGGGGGAGUCAUUUCCCAUCACACCCCCGUGAACCCCCCCGAGGUGACGCUCACCUACGCCGGGAACGGCUGCUCACGUUUACAAUCGUCGUGUUAUUUUCUGUAUAUCGACUCUUUAUAGCCACGCUACGAGUAUUAAUCGACCUCUUUGCAUCUUCGCUACCCAAUCUGGAUGCGAUUUUAACUAUACCACCCCAAAUUACCACUUAUUAAGUACUAUCAGCUAACCACCCUCCACCACCGCCUCGCCCCUACCCCUCUGGGUACGGAUUUCUCUCUUAAUUUUGCAGGGUAAACACUUAAAUCAGCUCUUGAAACAGGCAAAGGAGCAGGCACGAUAAACUCGAAUACAAUUAAAACUUUAAUACAACUUAACCUUUGGUAACCGCCUCCCCGAUAACCAGAAAAACCCCGACAAAUUCCGGAAUGAUGUUCCAAACGUCGGCGGUGGGAAGCCAUUUUAGGACGGUCUCCCGCCCCCGUGGUCGGUUGUUAGUCCAGAUGACGCUCGCACCGCUCGGCGCUAAAAGAGGAUGAUCUGAUCGGGGAAUUCGAAAUGCUCCGAGCCCUUUAAUUAUUCUAAUAUACAUAUUAUAUACAGUAUAAUUAAUUUUAGCCCGGUAUGAGUGAAUUACUGGAUUUACUGUUGUUUCCAUCCAGAAAAUUGGGCUACUUUUUGCACCGCUUAUUCUGAAAUAAAUGGUUUAUUCCU